UUGUUGAUAUUGGCUGCUCCGUCCUUUCACAGGAGGUUAUGUCUUCAGGUUUUUGCGAAGACCAGAGGUUGAAAAACAGAGAAAAGGAACCCUAACUGAGACCUUUAACUAUGCGUUAAAUUUGCGCAUCGCGUUCAUGGGUGACACCUUCAUACAAACGAGCUCUAAAUCUGGAAGGCGUUGAAGCGGCCACAAUGUCUCACACACAGGUUGAGAUCCCAGGACGCGGCUUCCCAGGCCUCUCCGUGGACAUGACGGACGACUGCUUAUCCCGCACCGUGCUCAGGACGCACGGCUUGAACGCACGGAGGAACUCCUACUGCCUGCAGAAAAUCACCAUGGACAUCGAUCCACCCCUCUACAGCAGCGCCCUCUCCAAAGCCCUGUCCUGGUCGGCUGAGAACAUCCUGACGCUCGCAGAGUCCGGAGUGGAGGAGGAAAAAGCGGACGAGUCUCCGCAGCAGCUGUCUCCCGUUCCCAGCCAGGACGCGAACCCCGACGCGCCCUCAGGCAACCUGGAGCCCGACGCGGUGGGGUCCUCCGGAGGAAACUGGCCAUCGGAACGCAGAUCCAAGACUCACGAUGCCAGCUCGGAAUCUGACAACGAGAUUCAGAACAGACAAAACAAGGUCCUGUCCCGCAUCACCUUUGACACCCAGUGGGAACAGGAGGAGAAGGAGGACGUGGAGACCAAAGCUGUGGCAACCUCUCCUGAUGGAAGAUAUCUCAAAUUCAACAUAGAGAUCGGCAGGGGUUCCUUCAAGACUGUGUAUAAAGGUUUGGACACGGAAACAACAGUGGAGGUGGCAUGGUGUGAGCUACAGACACGUAAGCUGACAAAAGCAGAACGGCAACGUUUCAGUGAGGAAGUGGAGAUGCUGAAAGGGCUGCAGCACCCAAACAUUGUACGUUUCCAUGACUCCUGGAAAUCAACAGUGAAGGGCCACAAGUGCAUUAUCCUCGUAACUGAACUCAUGACCUCGGGCACGCUCAAGACGUACUUAAAGAGAUUUAAGGAGAUGAAGCUAAAGCUGCUGCAACGCUGGAGUCGCCAGAUCCUCAAAGGGCUUCACUUCCUGCACACACGCACUCCCCCCAUCAUCCACAGGGACCUCAAGUGUGACAACAUCUUCAUCACAGGCCCCACUGGCUCUGUUAAGAUUGGAGAUCUAGGGCUGGCCACUCUCAAAAGUGCCUCCUUUGCUAAAAGCGUCAUUGGAACUCCGGAGUUCAUGGCCCCAGAAAUGUACGAGGAAAAGUAUGACGAAGCAGUGGACGUCUACGCCUUGGGAAUGUGCAUCCUGGAGAUGGCCACUUCUGAGUACCCGUACUAUGAGUGCCAAAAUGCCGCACAGAUCUACCGCAAAGUCACCAGUGGCAUUAAACCUGACAGCUUCUACAAAGUUACAGUCCCAGAACUCAAAGAGAUCAUUGAGGGCUGCAUUCGCAUGAUCAAGGAUGAAAGGUACACCAUUCAGGACCUUCUGGAGCACCCCUUCUUCCAGGAGAACAACGGUGUGCACGUGGAGCUGGCGGAGGAGGAUGACAUGAUGAAGCCCGGCCUGAAGCUGUGGCUGCGCGUCGACGAUAUCAAGAAGCUUCACGGAAAGUACAAGGACAACAAUGCCAUCGAGUUCCUCUUCGAGCUCUACAAGGAUGUGCCUGAGGAGGUGACUCAGGAGAUGGUCGUGCUCGGCUUUGUGUGCGAGGCAGACUUUAAAAUUGUGGCCAAGGCCAUAAGGGACCGAGUGAUGGCAAUCAAAAGGCAGAGAGAGAAGCUGAGGCGUCAGGCAGAGGAGCGUAAGAAGAAGCAAGUGAUAGAAGAAGAACCAGAGCUUCAGCCACCUUCACCUAAGGUCAAUGAUGUUGUUGCAGCAGAGUCCCCCACUCCAGCCCUGGCACAUCAGGCCCAUGUUUCAUCCCCCAUCACCAGCUCUGCAGACUCUGGUGUAAGCUCCAGCUACCCUGUAGAACCAGAGGAGCCCGAGGCCGAUCAGCACUUCCGUGUCCGCCACAACAGCCUGUCUUCUAACUCUGACUGUGAAACGGACGGCGACCUGAGUUCCUCCGGACUUCAGGAUCCACUGGAGGCCGGCGGCUCCAACGCACCCGAGACCCCUCCGACCUCCGCGACCACACUAACCGCGCACACUAACACCCCCGCUGUAAACGACCUCGUCAUUCCAGCACUUCGCUUUCCCUCAAGUAUUGCAGUCUGCAGUAACACAGAACAUGGCAGCUCAGGUCCUCGAAGUGGGUUCAGCUCCCCUGUGGACAGCUACGCCUCUGAUGUAACUUCGGGUUUGAGCGACGGUUACGAAGGCCUUUCUGAAAAGAAUGAGAAAACGGCUGUGAGGCGAACGGCUACGAAGUUGUUCCGGCGAAGGGCACGCUCAAGGCUUCGCAUCACAGGGCUUUCUGAUAAAGUGGACCGGGUCGUCGAGUGUCAGCUGCAGACACACAAUGACAAGAUGGUGACCUUCAAGUUUGAUCUGGAUGGAGAUAACCCAGAAGACAUCGCUGCUGUCAUGGUUCGAAGUGAAUUCAUCCUGCCAUCAGAGAAGGAGGGCUUUAUCUACCGAAUGGGGGACAUCAUCAAACGGGCUGAGGCUCUGAUGUCCAAAGACCAGUCGGUUCACAACAGUGGGCACCGCCUUGCCCAGCUGGCUUCGCAUGGCGCAGAUAACUCAUUAUCUUCUUCACAGCCUAACCUGCACAGUCACUUUAUGCCUCGAACACACUCAUCCUCUUCUUUGCCUGACUACAGUGUGGCUAGCCCCAGUGUAGGAGUGCGUGGCUCUCCCCCUUGUCCUAAUGGCGAUGUCCUGAGUACAGACAUUACUUCACCUGGGCGACCUCUUUCACGCUCACAGUCUUUCCACAACACCCCAGGGUCUCCUCUCCACUAUCAUCAGCCCCAACGACCAUCAUCUCUUGUGUCCCACCAACAGCACUACCAUUUACCCUACAUGGGCCAAACUCACUUCCCAUUCCCAUAUCCAGGGUCUCCAAAACCAGCAGGGCUGCAUCCUCCCCUUACUCGUGUAGCCAGCAACCCUACCUUUCCUUCUGUUCCUUCCUCAACACCCAGCUCUCCCAGUCCAGUGAAUGAAACCCCCAGUCCCACAGUGGAAAGCGUCACCAUGUCCCCACCUGCACCACAGCCUCCCAACAUGUGGCCCUCCCACACUCAGCCAUUGUUCUCCUUAGCUAAUGUUAUCUCUAUGGCCAUGAGUAUGGCUCAGUCUUUUAUUCCCCCUCCAAACCUGCCCACUCAGGUGAUGCCCUCCUAUCCGGGCUUCCACCCUCAACUGCAAGGUCCCAUGGCCCCUCCAUCAGGUUACCCAUCCGUCUACCCUCACCAUUACCAGACUCCACCGCCAGUAGAGGUCCCGUACCCUUCAGUGGGCAUUCCAGCUCAGAACAUCUACCACAGCCCAGAGCAUGCUCCUCAGAUGGAUGGGCUUGGGUUUUACCAGAACAGUCAUCCGCAGUGGCAGCAUCCUAUGGCCCUAUCUUCCAAUCCUUCCACUCCUCCACAGGUGACUCUGGAGUCCCUGCAACAGGUCCGACUAACCGGUUCCCCCAUUCCACAGAAGGAAGAUGGCAAUGUGGCAUCAUACUCAGCCCAGGUUCCACCUCAGCUUCAAACUAGAACAGAAGUAUCCAGAUCAAAGUCUUCAUCAGAUGCUUCCCCGUCACCACCAGCGAGCCCAAAAAACACUGUCUCCUCCUUCAGCAAUCAGUUACACCCAGCUGGACCUGCAGCCAGUACCAGCAGCCCAAAGCUAAAAGCGUCUUCCACUAAAUGUGAUGUUAAGUCAGCACCUGUGAAGGUUGGAAGAUUUCAGGUGACGCCUAGUGUUGACAUUUUGGACUCCACAGUCCCUGUGGUUGCUGCACCACCUGCACCACAGCCAACCACCACCAACAACAACAGCAGCAGCACCCAGUCGGAGAGCAGCACAGAGGAGCUGGGGGGGUCUGAAACUAGCCUCAACACCUCCCUCAUCAUGUCCCCUCCUCAGCUUCAUACCCAAAGAGGCCCCACUGGGGUUCUCCAGAAGGUGGAUAGGCCAACGGGAUGGGCUGUGAGCCAGCAGCAACAUCAGCAUCAGCAUCAUAACAGAGACAAUGAGGAUGAAGAGGGUGAGGUGUUAGGGGAGAGAUCGAGGGUAAGGAAGAGGGUUAGGAGGAGGACUUGCAGCCUCAGCCUGAUGGGGACCUCUGUGGACAGUGGGCUUUCUGUAACAGCCGCCGAGAUGGAGGGGAGGCUGUGGGACGGAGCAGCAGGCAGCCCACAGUACAGCAACGCCCUUCACAACCUGUGGUUGACAACUUACAACCGCAGCGCCCCCUAUCUGAGCAGUGAUGACACGGACAGUGAGGACGAGGAGAUGUUGGAGGAACUUCAGGAACUCAGAGAAAAACACCUGUCGGAGGUUCAAGCUUUGGAGGCUGAACAGAAGAGAGAGAUCGAGGAACUGUAUGCGAGGAUGGGGAAGGUUCCUCCUCCGGGCAUCGUCUCUCCUGCAGCCAUGCUGUCCAGCCGGCAGCGUCGCCUCUCCAAAGGGAAUGGUUUCCCCUCAUCUCGCAGGAACAGUCUGCAGCGUGUGGACAUACUGCCUCUCCAAGGUAUCAUCAGGAGAAACUCUCUUGGAGGCAGCAGCAGCGGCUCUCAGGAUAAAACCAGUAAAGGUGUCACUUUUGCUACCAACAUCAGAAUGUAAGAACCUGGGCCAAGAAUUCUGAAUAUCCAGACUACCUCAUCUGAAGUGUGACUGCAAGAGGUCAAAAUCCUUCAACCUUUUCAUGGCGUACCAACCAACAAACUGCACCUCUCCGUCAGUGAUCAGCUGCUCAUUUACCUCACCGCCGUUCCUGGUGGAGCUGGAGUCGAUCCUAAAUCUGCCACAGUUCUCUGCUGAAUUAGUCUCCCUCAUAACAAUGCAAUGACGCGGUCAAGCGAUGGUACCUUGUGCUGCAGAAGUGUGGCAUUUACCAUGAAGCUGACCCAGAUUGACAGACUGCUGUUUUCCUGACUUGAUGCUGUUAAUAACACAGUAACAGAAGCCACAGUUAAGGUUGCUGUACUUUGUAAUGAACUCACGUCAUCUGCUGAAUGAACAGUGAAUAUAUUUUCAUUCAGCAGGACAGAAGUUAUUUACUUUCUCGGACUAAUUGGAAGAUCCUAACUGCAUUUAUUCAAAUAGAUACCAUUAAGGCAACUAAUUUAAUGUCCACAUUCUGGGGAGAUUGAACAGUAUAAAAAUGUGACAUUUAAUAUUUCUGUUGUACAAUGUACUAUCAAAUGAGAAAGCUGGUGCAGAAAGCAUUACAUUAUUUUAAAUAUUGUCUAGCUGGCCUAAAUCGUUUCUAAACUACUGGCUUUCCUGUUGACUGUACAUGUGUGCAUAGCUGAAUGCAUUUAUUCUAGAGUAUAUUUACAAGUUCAAAAGUAAACUAAAUAUUUCUGGUACCAUAAAUCCUUUUUGAGCAAAAAAAUAAAACACACAAGGGCAUCACUAUAAAUUAUCACUGAAAUACAUUUAUUUAGGUAAUUCAAUUCAAAAGGUUUAACUCCUAUGAUAUAGAUUCAUUACACACAGAUGGAUUAAAGCUAAUGGAAACCCAAAGUUCAGGUCUUCUGAAAAUGUCAAUUUUACAGAAGAUCAAUUAAAAACAUUUAUUUUUAAAUCAGAAAUGUUAGUUUAUGUGUGUGCGCUACAGUAUAUACAUUCAAAAAUUCCCUGAAGCUCCUUUUGCAUGAGUUAUCGUAUUGGCUUUGCUUCACAAUCUUCUCAAGGUCUGAGGUUAUCCCUGUUCCUUGUGCACAACAUUUUGUUCCUUCCAAGUUCUCCAGAAGUACGUUUGGAGUCUUUGUGAAUGUUAUAAGAUCUUCAAAAAAGAAAUAUCACUCUGUGUGCAAUAAAUCUAUCUGGGAGUUCAUCCUUUAGAGCUGAAUUAAUGAAAUGAACUUUUACAUUAUAUUCUAAUUUGAGAUGCACUUGUAUAUUAUUUUAUAGAUUAAGCACCUUGUGCACUUUAGCAAGUUCUAUAGUAAUUCUCAGUCAUUUAACAACAUGUUUGUGGUUAAAAACUCAACAGUUCACGUGUCCCGCUUCGAUUCGGAUUGUGUUCCAAGACUCCAAACUGUGAAUCUGUAGCUGUUGCCUUAUACACAGGAUUUUCUGGCAGACAAACCCCUAAAAUGCAUUAAAAAUGUUGACUGUAAAUAUACAAACCAUAUUGCUUUCUGAAACUGCUGUCCUGCCAAGCUGAAUCCGUGCCUUUCUCUUACAAUGUCUUACUAUAUAUUUUUAUUCUAGAUCAGAUUCCAUAUAUAAAUACAUUUUAAACAAAAUAAAUGCAAUUGUAAAUA